AAUUGUGUUUAGCUUUUUAAAGCUUACGUUUUGAAUCUGAUUUCCCUACUCUUUCUUUGUCUCCAUAUGGCUUUAAAAAAGGAUUUUCCUAGUCCUGCGGUAUAAAAAAAAGAGUUCUUUCUUCACUCAAAUGAUUAUCUAAUGAAGUAGUAGUUUGGUUUUUGGUUUUUCUUGCAUGUGAUGCUGCUCCCUCAAGAAAGAACAGCUCAUAAAUCUAUCAUCGUCCUCAUCAUUAUCAUUGCUAUCAUGAACUCGUUUGCUAGCCCCGUAACUCUUGUCUGAUUCUUCUUUUGCAUUCUCCUUUGCUUCUUUUUUCAACGUUCCAGGGAUUAACUGUCAAGUUCUUAUUUUUUUUCAUUUCUGGAUCUUUGCGGAGUUUCAUUUGAUCUGGGCUUUAGGUUUUCUCAAAUCAUUCAAAGUCAUGUACCUGUAGCCAUAAUUUGCAGAAAGGAUUCCUCUUUUACUGCGAUUUUGGUGGAAUUGUUGGGGAUUUUGAGACAGCUUGGAAAAUGGGCAAGAGAAUGAACAUCUUGUUCAUAUUUUUGCUGGGGGCAAUUUUCUCAUCCAUCCUUGCUGAUCCGGUUAAAGACAAACAAGCAUUACUGGAUUUCCUUGAACAUAUUAAUCAUUCACGAUCUCUCAUCUGGAGCAAGGAAACCUCUGUAUGCAACAGCUGGAUAGGAGUGACAUGCAACAGUGAUCAUUCCAGAGUCAUAGCCCUGCGUUUGCCUGGAAUGGGACUUCGUGGCCCUAUUCCAGCUAACACUCUCAGUCGUUUAUCAGCUGUUCAGAUUUUAAAUCUUAGAUCCAAUGCCAUUUCGGGUUCAUUCCCUUCUGAUUUUGCUGAACUCAAGAACUUGACCAUCCUCUAUCUUCCCUUCAACAAGUUUUCUGGGCCAUUGCCUGAUUUCUCGGUUUGGAACAAUCUUAUAAUCGUUAAUCUUUCAAACAAUGGCUUCAAUGGAGGCAUUCCUCCAUCAGUAUCAAAAUUGAGUCGCCUCACUGCUUUGGAUCUUUCUAAUAACUCCCUUUCAGGUGAUAUUCCUGAUGUCAAUAUCCCUAGUUUGCAACAGCUUGAUUUAGCCAACAAUAAUCUCACAGGAAUUGUUCCUAAGUCCCUCGAAAGAUUUCCAAGCUGGGCAUUUUUUGGCAAUAACCUUUCAUCAGAAAACGCCAUUCCUCCUGCUCUUCCAGGCCAGCCACCUAAUGCUCAACAACCAAAGAAAGCGAAAAAACUUAGUGAACCUGCACUCUUGGGGAUCGUAAUUGGUGGUUGCGUGUUGCUGUUUGUCCUAGUUGCCCUUUUGAUGAUCUGUUGUCACUCUAAGAGACAAAAGGAACGAGAAUUUCCAGCAAAGUACCAAAAAAAAGAGGUCUCUUUGAAGAAAAUGGCUUCUGAGAAUUAUGAUAAGAACAACAGGCUUGUCUUCUUCGAGGGUUGUAAUCUUGCAUUUGACUUGGAGGACUUGUUGAGAGCAUCCGCAGAGGUGCUUGGGAAGGGGACAUUUGGAGUAACAUACAAAGCAGCCUUGGAGGAAGCAACCACAGUGGCAGUGAAGAGGUUGAAGGAAGUAACCUCAACAAAACGGGAGUUUGAGCAACAGAUGGAGGUGGUUGGGCGUAUCAAGCAUGAGAAUGUGUCUGCGCUCAGGGCCUAUUAUUAUUCAAAGGAUGAGAAGCUUGUGGUUCAUGAUUACUAUGACCUGGGAAGUGUGUCUGCUCUGCUACAUGGUAAAAGAGGUGAUGGCCGGACGCCUCUGGACUGGGAAACUAGACUAAAAAUUGCAAUUGGUGCUGCAAGAGGCAUUGCACAUAUCCACUCACAAAACAGUGGAAAAUUUGUUCAUGGAAACAUAAAAGCUUCCAACAUUUUCCUUAACUCUGAAGGAUAUGGUUGUGUCUCGGAUAUUGGUUUGGCAGCAGUGAUGAGCCCAAUGCCCCCACCUGUAAUGCGGGCUGCAGGUUAUCGCGCACCAGAAGUAACAGACACUAGGAAAGCAACUCAAGCAUCUGAUGUAUACAGUUUUGGGGUCUUGUUACUUGAGCUCUUAACCGGAAAAUCACCGAUACAUACCACCGGUGGAGAGGAGAUUGUUCACUUGGUGAGGUGGGUUCAUUCUGUAGUCAGAGAAGAGUGGACUGCAGAAGUUUUUGAUCUAGAACUUUUACGCUAUCCCAAUGUAGAGGAGGAAAUGGUGGAGAUGCUACAAAUUGGGAUGAAUUGUGUAGUGAGAAUGCCAGAGCAAAGACCAAAAAUGUCUGACCUAGUGAGAACAGUGGAGGAAAUUAGGCGAGCAAACACGGGAAACCAACCAUCCUCUGAAACUAAAUCAGAAACCUCAGUUUCAACCCCAAUCCCACGUGGAGCAGAAAUAGGUCCCUCGUCAUCUGUUCCACAGUAGGAUUCUUGUCUUACGAAUUAGUAGUUUCAUAAAUUUUUAUAAUUCAUUAUGGAACAGGCAAAAGUGUUUUCUAUUAGUAUUUAAGUUGUUUAUGUACCCUAUACUUCUGUGUUAAAUAUGGUGACAAGAUUAGUUUAACCCUACCCUAAUCCAGCUAUGAUCAAAGUCAACAUGGAUCUUGGCUAUUGUCUCAUUUAAGCAAUCAGGAAUUAAUUGUUAAAGCUUGUAGAUUUUAAUGGUUUUGCUCUAUGAAGUCUAUUUUCAUUUAUCUGUCUAAUGUUGUGCCAGGGUGAUUGAUUUUUGUGAAAAUUAGCAUACUAAUUGCAAGUGCAAAACAUUACAAAAUCAUGUAAUAUGUACAAAGAUAAAAAAGAGUAUCA